CUCAUAAUCAGUCAUUAGCAAAUGUCAAAGUAAAGAACCAUCAUGUCGAACUUUUUCGUUGUUCUGAUGCUCUGGGCUUGUGCACCAAAAAUGUCAAUGCAAACGAUGCAGUAUAAUUUUGAUCAGCAGCAAAUGAGGAGCCCACAUCAACACAACGCGAUUCAUCCGCACAUUCAAAAUGUAAUGUACAAUCCAGUUGCGAAGUAUCCAGUAAAAAAAUACCCUACCGAACAAAUCACUGCAAAACCAAUCAACAUCAUCAUUAAUAGACCACCGGUAGAACUACAAUAUCAACCACAACAGAUUCAACCACAGAUAACAAUGCCACCAUCACCACCACCUCGUCAACAAUAUCACGUGCCAAGGCGAACACAUAUUUAUCGACCCGCUCCUGCCCGCACCUUUUUCGACAGACCCAUUGAAGAAUACUUACUUCACGCACAAUCGCCAACACCAAUCGCAAGAACAUUCGUUUUCACUAACAUCGAAGUUGAACCAGAAUAUUUAACGUAAAUAUAACAAAUAAUCAUGACAUGAAACGGAUGAUGAUGAUGACGUAUCGAAUAAAUGAAUAAGUUCAAGAGUCCAUAGUGAAAUUAUGUUAGUAUAAAAAUGUGUAUCACUAGAGAAACAUUAUUUUGGCAACAUUUUU